AUGGCCAAUUUUCUUAAACACCUCCCCACUCUCUUCACCUUUAUAACUUUGUUAUCACUAUUAAUAAUUUCAUCUACUUCUGCCUUUUCACCUACUGUAGCCACCUGGUAUGGAGAACCUAUUGGUUUUGGGACCACUGGGGGUGCUUGUGGAUAUACCGAUAUUCUUGGAAAAGCUCCAUUCUAUAAAAUGGUAUCAGCCGGAGGCUAUGCUCUAUUCGAAUCAGGCAUGGGAUGUGGUACAUGUUAUCAGGUGAAAUGUACAUCAAAUCCAGCAUGCUCAGGGUUUCCAAUAACGGUAACUAUAAGUGAUUUAUGCCCUGGUAGUUGCGGCGCAUAUCAAUUUGAUCUAAGUGGGGCUGCUUUCGGUGCAAUGGCUAUUCGUGGUCGAGAAAAUGAAUUGCGCAAUGUUGGCAGAGUGCAGAUUCAAAGGGUUCCAUGUCACUACACUGGUUUUAACUUGGCAUUUAGGGUAGAUAGUGGAUCAAACCCUUUCUAUUUUGCUACAGCAAUUGAGGAUGAAAAUGGAGAUGGUGAUCUCUCCAGAGUUGAACUCCAAAACGGUGCCUCAGGUCGCUGGCUUCCAAUGCAACGGUCAUUUGGUGCUGUUUGGAAACUCAAUGCCGCAGUGCCCGGCCCCCUCUCUUUCCACAUUACGUCAUCUUCCGGCAAGACUGUGGUGGCUACAAACGUUAUUCCGGUGGGAUGGAAGCCUGGUCAGACAUACUAUUCACGUGUAAAUUUUUGA